AUGUCUUCGGCAAAUAGAUGGAUUGCAAAUUCAGCACUUUGUGCCUCAUCCGGCAAUCAAGAAAUGGCAAAGCAACUAUGUGAGGGUGUUCCGGCACCAGAACAGUAUCACUUGACUGGCACACAACUUAAAAGGCCAGCAAAUGGGCCACACCCUCGACCUCAAAUAUGGCAACCAAAAGGACAAAAAAUUAACUGCAAAACACCUGUAGAAGCAGUAUACUAUUCAUGUAAACGUUUAAAUACAGAAACUAUAUAUUACUAUUGUGGCGAAAAAGAUGGAUUGUUGGAGUCAAAUGAAAAUUUGAUAAAAAAUUAUCAAACAAUAUAUCCUUUUUGUGAAGUUUGUAAGGAAAAAGGUUAUAAUUGGCCAACAAGAAGAAAAAUUAAUGCAGGACAAAAGAGAAAAAGAAAUGAAUAA